UAGGAGCUUUAUUAUAAAUUGUAAGUUAUAAGCAGGUGCGUCUGUUAGCAUCAUGUGGAGAAGCCCUGUUGGGCAUAACAGCACAGGUCUGGACUAGUCAGCCAGUAUAAGCUGCUUUAAAUUGUGCACCUUCCAAACAUAGGUGUGCCGCAUCUUACUUCAUAUUAAUUGCGACACAGACGUGCUAUGAAAGAACCUUAGCGGCUGUUGGCAUUUUGACUUUUGCUAUCUGGAAGUUUGCAGAGCCCAUGAUCAGCAUUCACUGCCGAGUCCUUGCCUUCCCCAUGCCUGUUCCCAUGGAAACGGCUGCAGCUGGGAGAGGAGGGAGGGGGAAGGCUUUCUUGUUAUCAUUUGCGUGAGGUCUUUUGUCCUCAUUGAGGGUUCCCAGGACAGCAGGAAAUCAGCAGUGAAUGUGGCUGCAGACCACAUCUGGGGAAGCCCAGCUGACUGGCUGGGCCAGCAGGUGCGCUUUUCAACCAACACCACACGUUUCGCAGUCUCCUAGAGAAAUAUGGAAAAAUGGAGAGUAAUCAUAGAGACAGAAUCAUAAAAAAGCUUGGGUUGGAAGGGACCCUAAAGUCCAUCCAGUCCCACCGCCCUGCCAUGGGCAGGGCUGCCCCCCACUAGAUCAGGCUGCCCAGGGCCCAUCCAACCUGGCCUUGAGCACCUCCAGGGUUGGGGCACCCACUGCUCUCUGGGCAGCAGUGCCAGCAAUAAUGUGAAAACUACAGAGUAAUCCAGCUGAUGGAUCUUAAGUCAAGGAUCACAACACACUGUGGCACUCUGGUCUGUUAGUUCUGGCCAAGCUUUGGAAUAUCCUUACUUUAUUACUAUUGCUGUUAUUUUUGUUAGAGCGACACUAAAAAGAAGAAAAAGGAUGGCAAUAUUCCCAGUGCUACAAAUGCACUUACAAAACACACUGGGAUUUUUAGGUUGCUGAUAGCAUCUUCAGAAGCGCAACUUGGGAGAUGACACAAAAGCAUCACAUGUAACCAGUGUGCUCAUGUUUCCAGCUUGUUGAAAUUAUAACUGGCCCACUAAACAAAGGUAGGGUUUUGUUUAAAUCAGGCCAUGAUGUUCACAUCUUCAGCUCCUUACAAAACUCCCCAGCAGUGUGUGUGAGUGCUGUAAAUCUGAACAUAUUUUUCCUAAAUGGAUGGCUUUUCUUGGUUGGUUUGUAAAGGCUUUUUUCCAGUUAGGUUGUGGACUGCCAGUAGUAAAAUUGCUACAACUUCCAUGCUGUCAUUGGUGUGCUAACCUAUGCUGCUUAAAUUGCUGGGAUCAAUGUGGACACCCUUCCUACACCGCUUGAUGUCACACCCAGAUGUUCCAGUCUCUUUUGGGGAUGUUCUGUGCUUCAGUCCCUGCCUUUCUUCCUGGGCACAGACUCCUCCCCUUCAGAAAAGACAUAAAGCAAGCAACUCUUCCACCUGGAUCAUAUUCCUUCUUCACCUGCACGACUGACUUCACCUCGCAUCUGCUGAUACAUAAAGUUUGAUUCUUUCUUCUCGUUACGCAGCACUGAUUCAGCCCUCGGGCUGUCAUUUCUUGGCACUUGCACUGGUGAUUUUUCAGGUACUUUGCUUCUAAAGUAAGUUGGACAAUAACGGGAUAAACCUGUAUGAGUAGAAAGCUCAAAGGAUUCUCAGUGACUGGUAAUGUAUCAUGAAAUAGUUUAAGGACUUGGUUAAAUGUGCUUCUUUCUCAUGCCUGCAAUUUUUCUGUCACCUUUAGAAUUGGUUUGAAAAGAGAUUUUUCUAUUCUUUGUCUGUCAAGUUAAAGGCUUCCAAAAUGUUUGUUUCUGUCUUUGUGAGACAGAAGUGACCAUGUAAACGGGACUGGUGGUACUGAUGCUGAGUGAAUCUACCUGAGCAAUUAUGGCUUCUGCUGUGCUGGUUCUUCCAUACCUCACUGACUUUGAAACACAUCUUUUGCCAGUUGACUUUUGAUCCAAGUUUGCUCGGCAGCUUUCCUUAAGAGUUUCUUUGAAAUGAUUCUUAACAAAUGUUGAUGUUGAUAUUUAACAUGCCCUCAAAUCAAGAGAAUUUUAGCUACAGCAACAUCACAAUAGAUUUUCUUCUUUCUCGUUUGCAUUAAAAUUGGUGAGAAUUGCUGCCUACUCUGAUCUGGUUGCACUUCCCAUACUUUUGUGAGCAGGUAAAAAAAGACUACAUAUAAGCAUGUAGGUUUAUUUUAUGAACAGUCAUCUGCUCUUGCAUAUACAGAGCUGUAUUCAUAGUGGGAAAUAAUGCCUGUGAUGACUUUAAGCAUCUUGGAAAUGUUGCUCUUUUUUUGCUGCUUAUAUUUAUCUACUAUUAGUUUUACAGCCUUUUUAACAGGAACCUGUGAGUUUAUUCUUAUGGUUGCAGAUUUUUCAUAAAUUCUGUUUCACAGUCACUUCUAAGGAAUUUUUCUGUGCCUGGUAUUUCUGUUUGACGGAACGGAGCCUGGUAUGCAAUAAGCAGUGGGAUGUCACCUCAGUGUUCAUGUCCACCAAUCUAAUCUGCAAUAAUGGAAAGGAAAGUCAAGAAAGAAAGAAUGGUUGAGAGUAACUCUUCUGAUAGAAAAGACAGUAUCUGAUGCUUAAGAACAACGCAGCUGGCAUCUUUGAUCCUAUUUCUCCUCUCAGUGAAAAGAACAGAGUAGUUACAGAUCUUGCUUCAGUAUUACUUCUAUUUGUCAGUAACCAAAAGUACUAAAGCUGCUGUGCUAAAGCUGAGCGUGGUUCUGGUAACUCCAGCAUCUCAGAAAGGGUACAACAAAAUUAGAAAACAGAAAAGGGCAAUGAUCGUGGUCAUGAAUGCGGAAGCACUGCCAUAUGAAGAACAUUGAAGCAAGCCAGGCUUUUUCAUUCUGGAAGCUGCGUGGGGGUUGAGAGAAUGUGACAGAAGAUCUCAGAAAUGCUUAGCGGCAGAUUCGGAGUGAUUCCCAUUCGCAUUCCUUACACGGCUACUCUGAGGGCACCAGAAGAAGUUGUAGGAGUCAGAUUGAGAAUGGAAAUCAUUCUUCACGCAACAGACAGUGGUGCAACUCAUUGCAAGAGGAUGUUGUGGAUGCUGACUGUGUGAAUGUGAGGGGAGACUGGAUAAAUACAUGAAUGAGAAAUUCAUAGAUGUUUUCUGUACAUAAAGGAACCGCAUCCAGCUGCUCCCUGGAGAUCCAUUUUUACUGCUUGUGUAGACAGAAUACUGAACUAUGUGAUCACUGUGUUUUCUAUGUCUUCAGAUGGGCCUUAUAUUUUGGGAUGUCUUCUAAAAGCCUGUGUUUUUGAAGAGCCAUCUCGAAACCCCAGAUCAAUUUCUUUUGCUGCUUGCGAUACUCCUUGUGGCCAAUCACUCAAGAAGAAAAUACUGCCAAAGGUGUUGCCCAAUGCUAUUCCAUCACCUCUAUAAAAGCAUUCUAUAAAACUGGUUCUAUAAAACUGGUUUUCAUUGUUGCGUGAAGAUUAUGUCAUAUCUAACUGACUGUUAUUACAGCACAAGCAGCUCUGAUGAUAGAAAAUGUUAGCCCACUGUUAUAAGUUAAACUUAAUGCAGUUUGAUUUUCCUUUAUCUGAAGGGAUUUGCUUUAGAAUAAUGGGGUGUUUUCAUGUUGGUUACUUUUAUUUUUUUGCCAGGCAUGGAGAAGGCGAUUGUUCGUCCAUUUAAAAGGCCAAACGCUCUCUGUAGGCUGAUUUGCUUUCCCUGGGCUGGAGGUGGAACUUCUCACUUUGCUCAAUGGGGCAAACUCUUCAGCAGCUCAAUUGAAGUGUCUGUUGUAAGGCUUCCUGGAAGAGAAAGUCGUGCUAAGGAGCCUUUUGCCAAAGACAUGACGGCUGUCAUUAAUGAAAUUACCAGUGCUUUGCUGGAAGAUCUGCAAGAAAAACCAUUCGCGUUCUUUGGUCACAGUUGUGGAGCUUACAUUAGCUAUGCAGUUGCGGUACACUUGAAAGAAAAGCAUGGACUAGAGCCGAUCCAUCUUUUUUUAUCAGGGGUGUAUGCCCCACAUUCUGAAGCAUUUCUUCUGAUGGGAAGAAUAAACGAAGUAAAAGAUGAAGACAUUCUUGAACAUGUCCAAUUCUUAGGAGGAACUCCUUCUGAGUUUCUGAAAAAUGAGGACAUCAAGAAACACUUGAUACUUACUAUAAGAGAAGACGUUAGCAUCCUUAAGACAUACUCUUUUGAGAAGGCAGAAAGGAAAACCAUCUUCUCUUGUGAUGUCACCUGCUUUGAUGGGUCUGAAGAAACAGUGCAUGAUGCUGAAGCCUGGCUCAAUAUAACCAGAGGAGACACUUCCAUUUACAGUCUUCCCGGAGGUCACUUUUAUCUGCUGGAACCCUCUAAUGAAAUUUUCUUGAUAAAACACAUAACCAAGUGUAUAGAAAAUGCUGCUCUAUGAGUAUUUCCCUCUAUCUUAAUAGCAGGUGUAAGAUUAGUCUACAGCACUUAAUAAUUAAGUCAUUCUUUCUGCUGAAUUGCAUUGUUAUGCCUAAAAGGUACCCUGUUCCUCCAGAAGAUCUUCAAUGUAAUUCUUUAAAAGGGUUUAAAGAGUUGUUCUGAUUUUUGAAAAUAAACUCUAGCUCUGUCUUAAAAAUAAAGCACUUUUCCUCUUUUCUCUCUCUUCUUAUUCAGCACGUGCAUAAACCCUUCACUUUCUUCAACAUCAGCUGCAAAAAGUGACAGCUAAUAUAAGUUAUUUUACCUUAAGAGCUUCUCUGGUUGUACCGUAAAAAAGCUAAAUAUGAUUUUAUACCAAAAAAAAAAAAAAAAAUCCACAACUCUUACAGAAGCAUUUAUUUCAUAGGCUCAGAUUUAAUUAGAGUAAGAUACAGUCUAAAAAUGUAGUAUGCAUGUGAACACCUUUGGCAGUGUGGUGGCUCACACAUGAACUAUCUUACUGUUAUAUUACACAAUAACCAGUUAGUACUGUGUCUUCCUCUGCAGAGUUAGUUCAUUAACCACUGAGAAGACUCAGAGUGUGAUGUCCGAG